AAGGAAGUUUGUCCCUUGCGGUGAUCCGUCCUGGUGUUUGCCUGCAGCAAGAUGGCGGCGGUGUCAAUGUCAGUGGCGCUGAAGCAAGCGUUGUGGGGGAGAAGGGCAGCGGCUGUAGGUGCCGUUUCUGUUUCCAAGGUUCCGACCAGGUUGUUGAGCACUUCCACAUGGAGACUGGCACAGGACCAAACUCAAGACACACAACUCAUAGCGGUUGAUGAAAAAUUGGAUAUUACCACUUUAACUGGUGUUCCAGAAGAGCAUAUCAAAACUAGAAAAGUCAGGAUCUUUGUUCCUGCUCGCAAUAACAUGCAGUCUGGAGUAAACAACACGAAGAAAUGGAAGAUGGAGUUCGAUACCAGAGAAAGAUGGGAAAAUCCUCUGAUGGGUUGGUCAUCAACGGCUGAUCCCUUGUCCAACUUGGUUCUAACUUUCAGCACUAAAGAAGAUGCAGUUGCCUUUGCAGAAAAAAAUGAGAAACACAGUUGCUUCUGCAGCUUUGGGAACAGAGUUGUUUUCCACAGAAAAAUGUAAGGGAAUGUUUUCCCCCUCUACAUCCUUGUAAUCACAGUGGAUGUGGUAGAGUAAUAAUAUAGAGAUGGAUACGAUUAGCAAAUGCAGGUUUCUUCCAUGUGUUUUUGUUUGUUUUCACGGAGUGCUUUGCCCAUCCACAUUCCAGUCCCUAUAAUGAUACUUCUAUUUAUUGUUGUUAUCACCAUCAACAGCAACUAUAAUCUGGCUCGCAAUUCCCAAGAGUCAGCUCACUCCUUGGUUACCAGGAGAAAACCCAAACCAGUUGUUCUUUUAUGUGUACAGAACCCCAGUCUUCUCACAUUGCAGUGACCCUGACAUCAUUUUGAGACUUCAUGAACAGAACAGAUAAUAGAUCUAUGUCUGCUUCUGAGGCAGUAAAAAAGAAGUCUUUUUCUCCCUGGUGGUUAAAAGAUUAACUGUGUAAAUGAGAGAGUGACUAUCAGGUAUGUGCUUGUAUAUAAUAGCGGUUCCUAAAUAUUUCCAAGUGCUUUCUCAUUUUUUCAGUUCCUCUGGUAAAAUCUUUAUUGGAGUAGAGAGUUGUGUGUUGAGGGGGGAUUUAGGUACCCUCUCCCAUCAUCUGGCAAGAAAAAAAAAAACAUCAAGAGGUCUUGGGGUAACUUGCAAACAGUCAUAACCAGAUAUAGAAUCUACAGUAGAAAUUAUUUCCUUCACAACUGCAGAGGGAACACACAGGGAACACAGACUUAUUUUCCAGGAAUUCUUAAAACAGUCUUUUCAACUCACAAAAAUAAACCAAAAAAAAGUUAGAAAAUUACACAGGUUAAAAGGAGAUGAAGUAGAUUAAAAUUGCAAUUAUAAGGGUAUUUUUAAAGAAAGGCCAUUUUAGGGGAGUUCCCGUCAUGGCGCAGUGGUUAACGAAUCCAACUAGGAACCAUGAGGUUUUGGGUUCGAUCCCUGGCCUUGCUCAGUGGGUUAAGGAUCCAGCAUUGCCUUGAGCUGUGGUGCAGUUUGCAGACGCAGUUCGGAUCCUGCGUUGCUGUGGCUGUGGCUGUGGCUGGUGGCUACAGCUCUGA